AUGGCGUCAAGUCAUUCCACAAGUACGUACGAAUCAAGUGACUACGAAAUGGAAGUGGUGCGUGAUUCCGAAGAAGAAGAAGAGUACGUACCAGAAGAGAAAAAGAGGAAGAAGAAGAAGAUAAUAGUGUGGAGCGAGAAGGACGAGAUCACUAUUUUGGAAGGGCUAAUCAAACUACAGAAAUCAUCUUCAUCCUUGGGGAAAAAAAACAACAUCAUCCAUUAUUAUUCAGUUAUCAAGGAUUCUCUUGUGGCUGAUGUAUCCAAAGAACAACUCACCGACAAAGUCAAACGUUUGAAGAGAAAGUAUAUGCAAAAUAAAAAAAAUAAACUGGCGGAUCCAAACUUAUCAAUUGAUUAUGAUUCGCAUAGCAAGAGGGUAUUCGAGCUGUCCAAGCAGAUAUGGGACGAAUGUGUAUUCGACCUUGAAUCUGGAGAGAAGAAGAGAAAGGAGGUGAUGGUUAAAAACAAAAUCGAUGAUACUGCUGAUGACGACGAUAACAAGAAGAAGAAGAAGAAGAAGCAGAAAAUCAUCAAGGAAAAUGAAAGCGAAAGUGGAAGUGGUAAUGCUUUUACCAAAUUAUUUCACGAAUACUGUGAGGAAAAAGGAUUAGAAGUGAAGUGGCUCGAAAAAGAGGAGAGAGACAGCUUGGGAAAUCUAUGGAAACAGGCGAGCCAAUUGGAAUGGGAGCAGGGGAUCUUAGAGAGUAAAUACAAAAAGUUGCGAUAUGACUUGGACGAAACCAUUUAUUCUCUCCUCAAAUGCUGCUACACCAAAUCUCCUGCUCUUUUUAUCACACAUGACAAUUAG